AUGCUGGACGCCCGAAUGUCUCGUAUGGUCGGGAAAAGCAAGGAGUAUGACAACUGCAAUGAAACCAAAAGCUUCUUUGCGCAGAUCACGGCGGUCUGUGGCCCGCAAACUAAGGAAAUCGCGCCGCUUCUCAGCUCCGAUGGAAUAAUGUUUCCGAUGGAGAAAUUUCAGAUUCUGAAGCGCUGGACUGAGCACUUCAGAAGUAUCCUCAACUGCCCAUUCAUGAUCUCCGACGCCGCCGGCGUCAACGGAUUGAAGCAGGACUGCGUACUCGUCCCAGCCCUCUUCAACCUCUUGUUUUACACCAUGCUACUGGACUUCUACUAUGAUAAGUCUUCCCGAAUCCUCACCGUCUACAGGAUCGAUGGGCAUCUUCUCAACAACCGGUGCAUCCAGGCCUCAACAUGUCUGUCCAUGACUACUAUCCACGACCUGCCCUAUGCCAACGACCGAGCGCUCAACACCGAAACGGACAGUGACAUGCAACGGAGGAUGGAACUCCUCGCCUCCGGCUGCGCCAACUUUGGGCUGACCAUCAACACGGACAAAACGGUUGUCAAGCCUCAGUCGUCCGCAACGCUAUAUUUAUUGUUCCGCACAUACACGUCAAAUGCACCCGACUGA